AAAGAUUCCUGAGAAAAACUGUCACCUUUCCAAAAUACCACGCAGGCCUGUUGCUGCUUGGCUCGCAGCAGCGCGUUCCAAAUCUCCAGCCCUUCCCUUUCCGACCCCAAGGAGCGCGCAGGAUCUCCUUGGAAAAGCCCAAAAUUAACCCUGAAGGUGGGGGGAGAAACUUUGAUUCUUUUUCCUUUUUUCCCCUCUGUUUCCCCUCCCCACCCCCACCCUUUUUUUUAAAAAAAGAAAGCAAAGUUCAAAGAAAGUUUCUCCUCCAUUCAUACAAUCCAAACUAAUCGCCCGGGUAGAUAUCAACCCUAACACCAUAGAGCUCAGUGCAAGGGCCAGCCCCUCCCAGGAGAUGGGAGAUGCUGGGGAGAAGGCUCUGGACAAUGAUGCCGAAGGGGUCUGGAGCCCUGACAUUGAGCAGAGUUUCCAAGAAGCACUAGCUAUCUACCCACCUUGCGGGAGACGCAAGAUCAUUCUUUCGGAUGAGGGGAAGAUGUACGGUCGCAAUGAACUCAUUGCCCGCUACAUCAAACUGAGGACAGGGAAAACACGGACGAGGAAACAGGUCUCCAGCCACAUCCAAGUAUUGGCACGGCGGAAAACCCGUGAGAUUCAGGCCAAGCUUAAGGACCAGGUUGCAAAGGACAAAGCCCUUCAGACGAUGGCAGCCAUGUCUUCUGCUCAGCUCGUAUCUGCCACAGUCCUCCAGGAAAAACUUGGUCUGUCAGAACCCCGCUAUCCACCCACCACCACAUCAACAGAGUUCUUCCAGUUCUGGACGGGGGAUGCAAACCAGUCUCGAACUACUCCAGAUGUGAAGCCCAUUCUCCAGGCGCCGUACACCAUUCCACCGAUCACAGCGCCCCCUGCUGCGCCAGGUUAUCACACACCCACAGGGAGACUCUCCCGUCUCCCCAGUACAAGUUCUUGGCAGGGAAGCCACAUUGGUACAGAGACACUUCGAUUGGUGGAAUUCACAGCCUUUGUGGAGCGGCAGGGUGAACAGGAUCCGCAGCAGCACCGUUUUGUGCACAUCGACCCAGCCCCUACCACUGACCCACCCCUGGAGAUGGUGGAUGUACGGCAGAUCUAUGACAAGUUCCCUGAGCGAGGAGGUGGGCUGCGAGACUUGUACGACCAAGGGCCUCCCCAUGCCUUCUUCUUGGUCAAGUUCUGGGCUGAUCUGAGCUUUCCCCUCCCCGAAGAAGAACCUGGGGGCACAGGAGGGGCCUUCUAUGGGGUGAGCAGUCGAUACGAGGGCCCACGGGCUCUGACUCUGAGUUGCACUUCCAAGGUCUGCUCCUUUGGCAAACAAGUGGUGGAAAAACUGGAGACAGCCGAGCCACCCCACUGGGAAGAUGGACGCUUUGUUUUUAGCCUGCCGCGCUCUCCACUCUGCGAGUACCUCAUUAAUUUUAUCCGCAAACUGCGAACACUGCCAGAAAAACCGAUGAUGGAUAGUGUGCUUGAAAACUUCACCAUCCUGCAGGUUUUGCGGGAUCAAGAAACUCAGGAGUUGCUGUUGUGUGUGGCCUUUGUGUUUGAAGUCUCUGCCAGCGAGCGGGGGGCACAGCACCACAUCUAUCGACUGGGCCGGGACUGAUGGACAGUUUUACCUCAGUGUUGCUAUAACCUGAAAUGGGCCAGCCUCCUCUUUAUACACCUGCUAGGCCGAUAGCCUGUCUGAACUGCUGAGCCUUCUGGGAGGGCCUGUUUCUAUCCCAUGGCGACCCAUGGGUACCUGCAGCAACUGAUCCAGUCAACAGACAUCCCUCUCUCUCUGGCAGUAACAGGGCUGUAGGCCCUACCUUCAGCGGUCACUACUGUUCAGUGGAUACACUCUUGACCAUGGGGACAGCUUUGUACUCUGGAAAUCUUGGGCUUGCCUAUGAAGGGGGUAUGCUUUUGGUUAAUCCCUGGCAUGCAGGAUAGAACAGCAGAUAACCUACAUGUACCUCCCCCUCCCCUUCUGCUUUACACUCCAUGAAAAGACACAGGAUUUUGUAAUACUGUUUUAUUAAAUGGGCAGAGAUUGAGGCCUUCCACUAGUUCUCACAAACAACAGAGAAGUAAAACUUUCUGGGCUGUACCACAUCAGGUUGCAGGUGUGGAGGGUUCUCUCUUUUUUAAAGAAUGAAAAUAAGUAAACAGUCAUUACUGUUUUUGCACUUCUGCUGUAAGAAAACAGACUCUCACUCUACCCUUACAGUGAAACAUAAGGAAUUUUUACUUGGAUAAUAAAUACGCCACUUGACACUAUCAGCUUUUGUCUAUUUUCAUUCUUCUGUGAUCGGUGCAAAUCUCCUGUUUCCUUCUUUCUACUUUAAAAAAAAAUCCUGCAGAGAGAACUUAAAAACACAGAGCUGGAAGGGAUCCCAAGGUUGAUCAAGUCCAACCUCCUGCUCCAUGCAGGAAGUUCACAGCUCUGUCCCCUGUUCAUCUCCCCCAGUGACCCCGGCAAAAAAACUUCCAGGAUCCUUGGCCAAUCUGACCUGGAGGAAAAGUCUUUCCUGACACUAAAGUAGCGAUCAAGGGCCACGAGAGCCGAGCACCAGCUCAUCCCUUCAUGCCCUGCCUCUCCUGAUCUCGAUCUGUGUACUUCUUGUCUUUUCUCAGUCUCCUAAUCAGUUUUAGGUCUGCUUGUUUUCUCUGUAUAAAGAACUUUAUGCCAGCACUAGAUCCCUCCACAUGUAGUGUGAAGUGGUACAGCCCAGCUGCAUGCCCCAUCCUCACUGCCUGUGAAGACCUUUCCGAACUAUAUUGCCUCACAGGAGACUCUGGCCUGAUUGAAACAUGACACUGAUGGGGUAAAAGUGUUUAGCCGUGGGACUGUCCACUCCCCCUGCCCCUCACUGAAAGUAAGCUGCUAACUGGGCAAUGCAGCGAAUGCAUCUGUAAUUCAAGUAUCAGCACAACACCCACCCAUGCUCUCGUUGAUGUGCUACCCGUGCAGGUCUCACAGGUAAGUCCUUUUGCCUCGGCAGUCUCAUGAUUUAAAGCAGGCCGAAAAGGGGGCAAGGGAUCACCCAAAGCUCAAGGCAGAAGGUACAGGUUGUUUUUAAAAUGGAAUAUGUACAAGAUCAGCCAGCAUUCAUGUCCUCUUCGAACUCUCAAAACUCACAAAGCUGCUCCUGUCUUCCAUCAUAGUGGCAAAGAAAAAAAUGUGAUCUUGCAUAAAGUUUUAUUUUGACAUAA